AUGGCAACACUAAAGAAAAAAGACAAGAAAGCAUCAGCUUACUUUACUUCUUCAACCACCACACCUUUAAACUAUUCUAAUCCUGUACGACUUGCAUUUUUAGGAGGUCCAAAAUCAGGCAAAACGUCAACUAUAUCCAAGCUAACUGCAGGAAACUUCCGAGACACGUAUUAUCCAACUCAUCAGAUACAUCCAAUUCUUUUCAAUUACAAACCUUCCAAUGAAGCUUCAAAAGUCUUAACUGAAUUUGUGAAAGGAAAUGAAGACACUAUUCUUAGUCCAAUGUUAAACUCAAAUGAGCUCGUUCCCACCAAUGAGUAUUACAAAGUUGGUAAUAAUGAUGUUGGUCCAAUCUUGGUUGAAUUGAUAGAUACACCAAGCUUUAACCCACAACAAGUUGUUCCAUUCUUGGAAGCAUCAUUGUAUACCAAUUUAGAUAAAGAAAUUUUAGGAAACCUUGCCAACGAACCUCGUAAACCAGUAUCCACCAAUCCGUUACUAGUUGCAAGUGGAGCAAGUGAAUUGAAUGGUAACAUAAAUGGUUAUUUUUUUGUCUAUAGUGCAGUUCCAGGCUCGUCACCUCCGGGAUAUGAUGAAGAUCUUUCAAACUUUACCGGCGAUAACACGUUCAGUUUAUUACCGGUUAUCAAAGGGGCAUUAGAGGAUGCCUGGCAGGAGUAUAACGAAUAUAUCAGGAAAAAGAAUGCAGAGAAAGAACAAGAUUUAUUUUCUUUUAAAGUGGCUCUUCGAAAUCUACUAAAAGAACCUAGUAGUAACAACAGUGAUAAGAAAGGUGUUGAAACCAAAGAUUAUUCGCCUCCAAUUUGGAUUCUAUGUACACACAAAGACAGCAAUUUAGCAUCGCCAAAAUUAAUAGAACAAGGGAAACAGUUGGCUCGUGAAUGGAACUGUGGGUUUCUUGCAAUGGAUAAUCUGGAAGAUAACAUAGAUAUUUUAUUGACAUUAAUGAUUAGAGACAUUAUAGAAAGAAAGUAA